GGCGCCCGCGGUCCGCAUUGAAUCCCUCACCCUUCCUUUGAUGCCACACGUCAGCAGCUCUAGCUGAGUCGGACUUGCACCUCUAGCUGAGUCGGGCGAGUGCCGAUGUGGCAGCUGGCCGCGGUCACGUGACCGAGCGUGACCCUUGUGCGGGCCGAGUAGAGGGCGUUGUUUUGUGCCCGGUGUGCUGAGGGGCGGACGUGUGAGCUGGAGCUGCGCGAAAUGCAGAGUGAGCACCGCGGAGUCGGGCUGCUCGUGAGUCCGGGGAUGUUUGGCGGCCGAGCUGUGGCUGUGGGUUCCCCCGUGACGGACUGUGUGGACGGAGCGAUCUUCGUGAUGAGAUCGACUUGUUGAGCGCCGGAGACGUGAACAGCCGAGGAGCCUGGCCGCCCUGAUAGCGGCGGGGCUGGUGGCCGCCUGCGCGGCGGCCGAGCCGUCCGCCGCCGACACCUCUCUGCCCAGCGACUCCAAAAUGGACCGCAUGCUGGUGGGCUGGGACGCCUCGGCGCUGGCAGACAUGCCCGCGGCCGCUCCGGUCGCCCGCGAGGACCGCAAGACGGACCGCACGCUCGGACUCGCCGCCGCCUACUACGCCUACCAAAACCUGCCGGGCGUGGACUUCUUGCGGCGGGAAGACUCUGCUGCCCUGGGAGGCGGCCUCAUGCUCUCUAGAAACGACGAGGAAGGCUUUACCAGGGUGGGCGGAGGCGCUCCAGCCGGGCCGCAGGAGCGCAGCGGCGGCAAAGGACACGGACAGGCUCACGGUCGUCAGCACGGGUUUGGGCCGCGCCCGAGGCCCGCCAGCCACGGCGGGUACCCGGGCCCAGUGCCGGGAUCUCACUACGGCGGCCAGCCGCAGGGUGGAAUUGGUCUCGGCGCGCACGGAGCCGGAGGACACGGCAAGUACCCCGCGGCAAUUAAAGGCCCCUCUCACUACGGAGGGGGUCCGGGAGGUCACGGCAAGUACCCCGCGGCAAUUAAAGGCCCCUCUCACUACGGAGGAGGGCGUCCGGGAGGGCGCGGCCACGGAAAGGGACGUCCAGGACAUGGACCCGGAGGGCGCCCGGGAGGAUUCGGUCUAGGAGGACGUCCGGGAGGACACGGCUUUGGAGGACGCCCGAAAGGACAUGGUCACGGCGGAGGACGCCCAGGCGGAAUCGGAUUCGGAGGGCACCCGAAAGGACCAGGUUUCGGAGGACACCCGAAAGGACGCGGCCACGGAGGAGGGUACCCGGCGCCCGUUAAGGGCUCGUCUCAUUACGGAGGAGGACGCCCGGGAGGUCACGGCAAGUACCCCGCGGCAAUUAAAGGCCCCUCUCACUACGGAGGAGGACACGGUCACGGCGGAGCCGGCGGCGGCGGAGGAAAGUACCCAGCUGCCCUGAAGGGCCCGUCUCACUAUGGAGGGGGACACUCGGGAGGGCACGGUCACGGAAAGUACCCAGCACCCGUGCAGGGCCCGUCUCACUACGGCGCUCCGGCUCACCCUGCUCCGAUUCACCCCGCACCGGUUCAUCCCGCCCCGGUUCACCCCGCACCUGUUCAUCCCGCUCCGGUUCAUCCCGCUCCGGUUCACCCCGUUCCAGUCCACCCUGCUCCGGUGCCCGGCCACGGCAUUCCCAGACAUCCCCAGCCUAAGGGCGCCCCGGUUCACCCAGCACCCGUGCAUGGCCAUGACGCCCCCAGGCACCCGGCGCCUCACGCCGCCUUCGCCGACGACCAGCACUCCGGGUUCGGUCCGCCCAAGAACGCCAUCUCUCUGCCCGGCCCCGUGAUUGAAUCAGCAGGAGAGGUCAGAGGUCACCACGGCGGAGGGCCUGGCCCGGUCCACCCGCCACCCGUCGGCCGACCCCACCAGGACAGCGGCCGGCCGCAGCACGACGUCGGUCCCGUUCACCCAGUCCCGACGCCGCAGUUCUCCGGAGGCCGGCCACCGGCCCCUCAGGGCGGAUUCGUUCCCAGUAUAAGUCAUCAGGCUCCCCAGAUCCCGCCAAUUUUCCGGGACGAUGUCCAGGUAAACCCGCAGUUUCCUCCCUCGCCACCACCGCCGUCUCAGUUCUCCUCUAAGCCGCCACCGCAGUUCCAUAGCCAGUUCAGCUCGCCGCCUCCCCCUGCACACCCGAGCCCGUCCCCGCCGUUUGGCACUCAGUUCCAGCAGGACCAGACCAGCUUCAGUCUCGGACCGGUCCGCUCACCGUCCGUGCAGGUCGGCUCCUCCGAGAUCGGCCACUCCAGCUCACUGGGAGCCAUCCGCGAGGUGUCCGGUCCCGUCUUCUCCCAGCAGGCUGGCAUCGUCUCCAACAACCUUGGUCCCCUGCGGGAGGUAUCCCGACCGAGCCAGCCGCAGGGCUUCAACCGGCAGCCCAAGUUCAACAGUCAGCUCAGCUCUGCCAACGAGAUUGUCCGACCAGUCGAGUCUGCGAACCUCGGACCGGUGAGGGAGACUGCCGGUCCCGUUACCAGCCAGACCGCCGCCGACGGAGCCGGCUCCCCACUGCUGCAGUCACAGACGGUGGCCGACCUGCUGGGCGGACCGGCCUACGAGUAUACGCAGCCCGCGGCCGAGCCAGUAGCCGCUGACAGCGACGGGGCGCCGCUCUACGGCAGCGCCGGCUCGGCGGCCGCCAACCGCGUACCCGCUCCCGUCGGCAGCAGCGACGAAGUCGUCUUGGUGGACGAAGACGGAUGGCAGCCAAUGAACGACGCCCCGACUCACAGCCUGAGCGCGAGCCGACCGGUCGGAGGACAGUUCGUCUCCCAGUCGGGCCCUACGGUUUCUCUGUCCGAUCCGGUACCUGUGCCCAACAGUCUGGGUUUCGUCGGGCAGUCCCUGUCAGAGCCCAAGGAGAUCCCCAGCACUCUCGCUCUAACAGGAGACUCGCUCUCUAACGCCAGACCAGUUCCCAGUCCUAUUGGCCUCACUGGAAAUGUUCUAUCCGACGCACGGCCGGUCUCCGGCAGCUCUGGUUUUGCCGGCCAGUCACUGUCGCAGCCACGGCCGAUCGGCGCUCCUCAGCCGGUGGGCCGUCUGCCGAUCGACGUCAGCGCUGCUCUGAGUGACACCAACGCCAACAAUGGCCUCUACCUGCCGCCACCGCGCGCCGCUACCGCUAGCGGCGUCAUCAACCCGCCCAUCCACAUCAACACGGGCCGCGGCGGUGGCGGCUCUCAGCCAUCCUCCGAUGCCGGCUUACUGGACCUCUACAGCUCCGGAUCGUCUGGAGCACCAACCGUGGCUCAGGUGCUGCUCUCCGUGGCUGAAGACGACAGAGCAGCGGACGAAGAAGACGACGCCGACAUCAGCGCGUCUAGCAGUGUUACCAGCGGCGUGGUGGCCACAGCGGAAGAGGAGGAAGAGAAGAAGUCAGAGAGCAAAAAUGGAGUUCGGAGACCCGGCCGGGGGCGAGCCAUCCUCAGUAAACCAAACCAGACCACCUCUUCCGAGAGGGUUAAGUUUUCUGGAAGACGAAGGCCUGUCGUCAACGCAAACAUACAGCCACGUAACCCGAACGUGGUUCGUGUUCCCACCAGCAGCCCCGCAGCCACAACACUUCCAUCAGGUCUCAGCGGCCCUGUCAGCAGCGCCCUGGCCAACCUCUCUGCACGUAUGAAGGCGCGUGAGCAGGCCCGUCGCCGCGGGCCGGCUUCUGCCACGGCGGUCUCUAUCGUUAGCGUGUCCUCGACGGCGACCACCCGCACAGUACUGAGCCCCACCACGACGCAGGCGCUGCCACUCCGGGUCACAUCCAUCACCUCCACCGUGUCGGUGGGAGUCACCUCCGCCACCACUUCACCGAGCGGCAGCUCUGCGGCCACCACCAGGGUGUUCCGAGGCAGCACGUUCACCAUCUCACCGACCAGGACGCUGCAGAUCGCACAGGCCACGUCGACACGGUCAUCGUUUGUCCCCGUCAGCAGCCUGCCCCCAGCGACGUUCAGUCCCCAGCCGACGUCAACCACUCUCAGGAGCCCGCAGUCAACCACAACGACCAGUUUCGUGCAGCCGACGCUCUCCUUCAGUCUGUCCAGUCCCACUCCCGCAGCAUUCAGCCGCUCACAGCCGAGCCCCACGGUCUUCAGCCGUCCGCUGACGACGUCUUCAACGUUCAGCCGCCCCCGUCCGACUCCCACCGCCUUCCGGGCGACGACGUCCACCGGCUGGCGGUUCGCGCACCGUCCCAUCAGCUGGAGCUUCUCCGCCGCAACGGACGACGAUAAGGGCACCCUGUCGGUGACCCGCGGAGGCGACCAGUCCAACACCGUCUUCAGCUCCGAGGACAACUCAUCUUCUGAGAACAAGGCUAACGUUGGAGCAGUCGCCACCACCGUCACCAACUCACCAGCGCCUGCGACGAAACCCUCUCCAACGCCGACGAUCUCCCUGUCCCAGACCACUACCACCACGGCUCCAGCCAGUCUCGAGCUAGCAGCAACCAUCCCGACGAUCAGCAGCUCGGACAACUCUCUGGAUAGCAAAAACGAGUGGGAGGGCGGCUUCUCUCCCAGCCUGACCCCCGCCAGUCAGCCUCAGGGAGCAGUGAGCACGUCCUUCCCCAGCAUCACUCUGCAGGCAACCGUUACAGACGAGGUUCCGGCGGUGACGGAGACAUCCUCUGUUGAGGCGACGUCUGCCACUCCUGUCACACCUUCCCCUACCACCAGUCCGUUCAACGUCCGCCGGCCGUCCCGCGGCAGGAGGCCCGGCAGUCGGCGCAGGUUCAGGCCCAGCGCUGCACGGACGCCCUUCAGCAAGAAGGAAACCAACACCCCCGUUUUCAAAGUCGGGUUCAAGCAGCAGCCUGUGAAGCCGCGGAAGCCGUUCACUAACGCUGCCCAGCUGAGACCUACCGCCAACACUGACACCCCGGUAGAACCACUUUCCACUGAAGCUGAGGAAACUACCCCCACCAGCCAGCCGGAGGUGGAAUCCACCGACGCGCCGACGCCCGAGACAACCCCGGCUACAGUGAGCACCACACCACGGGUCUCCCAGCGAGGUCAGCGCUGGGGCCAGCGUAAGGGUGUGCGGGCCCGCGGCCAGCGGCGCUACCAGGGCCGGCGGAGGUACUUUACCACCACCGAGGCUCCCGAAAAGAGCGGCGAAGUCGCAGCUCAGUCCACCGGUACCGCCGUCAUCGGACAGACCACGCCCAGGACCAUCCGCAUCCGGCGCAAGAAGCUGAUCCGCAGGAAGAAGCCGGCCGCGCUGAAGAAGGAGGAGCCGGAGGCGGAGGAGGAAGACGAGGAGGCGGGUACCCAGAGCGCUAGCCGCACGCGCUCGCAGCCGCCGUCCGGUCGCCGACGCCCGUUCCGUCGGGGUGGGCCGUCGUUCCGGCGCCGGAGGCGGUUUAGGGGCGACCAGCAGGGGGAUGAUGACGCAGAGGAGCAGUAGAAAAGACUCAGCACUUAACUGGGAUGCAGUAGACCAAUAAUGAUCCCAGCGAACUGAUGAAUCACGUCAUAGGCCCGUGGUGGUAUCACGAGUCAUGACUUCGCCUUUUGUACCGGUCUGAUGUAAGCGUCAGAUAUUGUUAAUUGUCCGUACCCUGGACAUUUUGUAUUCCAGUGUUGCAAGCCUGCAGGGCCAUUAACAUGUGCUGUUUGUUGUUGCUGUAUGGUACCGGAAUUGUUAUUGUUAUGUGCCUAUUUAAACAUGUUUACAUGUGCUGUAUGAAGAGGUGUUUGAAAUAAAUAGAUGAAAGGCA